AUAGCCUACCUCACCACACUAUGUCACGAACAGCAAUACCGCGUGCAGCGCUUCGCUUAGGCUCGAGAAGCUCAUUACUUGUAUCCCCAAGAGCAAUUGAGUCGCCAUGUCGUAGCUUCACACUUCUCCGCGCAUCACCAUUCCAAUGCCUCUCCCACAGCAUCCGUAGCUUCUCUUUAAGCUCCCCUCUUCAGAAGAAGGCAGGGAAGGCCAACAAAGCCCAUGCGAAAACCGACUCCACACCCCCAGUCAACAACGCAGGCGCAGCCACCCCGACCGACGAAGCGUACGAUGUCUCAGGCCUGGAAACACAGAUUCUCAAGGCCAUUGAGAGGCUUACACAUGACCUGAGUCAAUUACGGGGUGGUGGGAAGAUGAACCCAGAGAUAGUUGAGGGGUUGAACGUGCAAUUAGGCACAGCAGGGGGCCCUGACGGGAAUACCAAGGAGACUGUAAAGCUAGGAGACAUUGCGCAGGUUGUUCCGCGAGGGCGAGUGCUGAAUGUUGUUUGUGGAGAGGAAGCGCACAUAAAACCCAUCACAUCCGCCAUCGCCGCCUCGCCACACUCUCUUACCCCCCUCUCCCCCGAAUCCAGCAACCCGCUCACCAUCCAAGUCCCCUUGCCCCCGCCCACGGGCGAAUCGCGCCGCGCAGCCGUCGAGUCGGCUGGUAAGGCUUCUGAGAGGGCGGAUAAGUGGAUCCAAAACGCGCGGCAGGAGCAUAAUAAGAAGCUGAGGAAGUAUGAGCUUCAUAGAGAUGUGCUGCCGGAUGAUUUGCAGAAGGCGAAGAAGAGGAUGGAGGAGGUGGUCAAGAAGGGGCAUGGAGAGGUUAAGAGGAUUGCGGAUGGUGCGAAGAAGGUGCUUGAGAGUCAAUAAUUGGGUAACAACUUAUAGGGGAUAAAUGAAAGAAGAAUGUUGCAUCAAUGAGAUUUGGACUAGCAAGUUGAGCUGCACAAGUCAAUCCGUUCACUUGGGCAAUUUACUGGAAUUCAGGGCCAAGCAUCCACGGCUUUACUUUCGCUUCACAAGUUGAUACAAUCGUACGUUUUUACAAUAUUGACUAUGAC